UAAACAUACUUCUAAACCUUCUAAGUCUAUCGAGCGAUAUGUCGCCUAAAAUUAUUCAAUGAAUAUUCCGUUUCACGUUACAUAAAUACACUUCUGAUAUCGGCAUGUGAUAAUAAUCGUAUUUUUCAAGAUUGAAAUAAUUCAGAUUCUGGAAUGGUAUAGUACUCGCACAUCCUGUGUCGAAAGUAGACAGUCCCUACUGUGUUUGUGUUUGUUUCAGUAUUCGAAAUGGAUCAACUGUUAGAUAAAGUUAGAGGUCAUGCCAGGGCAGGUAGCGGCAACCAAGAAUUCUUCGAGGCCACCAAGAAAGAAGCCUUAUCCCUUCUUCAUAAAGAACUAGAGAAGCUCGAAGAUGCCUGUCCAAAUGUCAAGAAACCUGAUCUAUCCAAAAACUUCCGCGGUUUCGUCCAGCUCUAUUCCAGGUUCCUGGAAGAAUCGGGUCCAUCAGUGGACUGGGAAAAAAUCGAAAAAUUACAGAACGACGCAGUCAGGGAUUACAAUACACUGGAAAAACCGACAACAGAUAUCGCGCACGAAAUGUUGAACAAAUUGGUCGUUGUUAAGCUUAACGGUGGCUUGGGAACCUCGAUGGGAUGCCACGGUCCAAAAUCUGUUAUUGCUGUCAGAAACGACCUCACCUUCUUGGACUUGACAGUGCAGCAGAUCGAGCACUUGAAUAAAACGUACAAAGUCAAUGUCCCUUUGGUACUCAUGAACUCCUUCAAUACAGAUGAAGAUACUCUGAAAAUAAUCAGAAAAUACAAAAAUCUCCAGGUCGAAAUUCACACAUUCAAUCAGUCUUGCUUCCCCAGAAUCAACAGAGAUACUCUGAUGCCAAUUGCCAAGUCUCCUGACACACAAGCUAAUUUGGAAGCUUGGUAUCCACCAGGCCACGGUGACUUCUAUCAGAGCUUCGAGAACAGUGGUCUGCUUUCCAAAUUCCUCAAGGAAGGCCGUCAGUACUGUUUCCUUUCUAACGUUGACAACUUGGGAGCUACAGUUGAUCUAAAUAUUUUGAAUUUCCUGUUGAACAGUCCUAAUGAAAAGGGUCAGCAUGAGUUUGUAAUGGAAGUUACAGAAAAGACUAAGGCUGAUGUCAAAGGAGGUACCCUUAUCCAUUAUGAGAAUAAAUUGAGACUUCUCGAGAUAGCACAAGUACCAAAAGAACAUGUCGAUGAAUUCAAGUCCGUUAAAAAAUUCAAAUACUUCAAUACAAAUAAUUUAUGGGUAAAAUUGGACGCCAUUGACAGGGUUCUCAAGCAAAACAUUCUUGAUAUGGAAAUAAUUAUAAACAACAAGCAUCUGGAUAAUGGACUGAACAUCAUACAACUUGAAACUGCUGUUGGAGCAGCAAUGAAAAUUUUCGAAGGGGGCAUAGGUAUAAACGUUCCUCGUAGUCGUUUCUUACCAGUCAAAAAGACCUCUGACCUUCUUCUGGUCAUGAGCAACUUAUACAAUCUUAAAAAUGGCUCUUUAACAAUGUCUCCGCAAAGAAUGUUCCCAACAACGCCUCUAAUCAAGUUAGGAGACGCUCACUUUGCCAAAGUUAAAGAAUUUCUUGGAAGGUUCUCCAAUAUCCCUGAUUUGAUUGAACUCGACCAUUUGACUGUAUCUGGGGAUGUAACGUUUGGUCGAGGAGUGAUUUUGAAAGGAACAGUUAUCAUAAUUGCAAAUCAUGGAGAAAGAAUAGAUAUACCAUCUGGUGCAAAUCUAGAAAAUAAAAUAAUUACAGGUAAUUUGCGCAUAUUGAGUCACUAGUUACUUAGGCAAAAUUAAUUUUAUUUUUAACUCUUUUUGUAAUUUUAAAAUGUGUCUGUUUUGAAAAUGUAUUUUUGAGUAUAUUGUCUCAUCUUUAAUUUGUUAUUUACAAAAGUUUGAAAUUUGUUAUUUUUAUGUCUAUAUAUUUGUUACAAUAAAUAUCUGAAUUUUA